AUGGAGCCGCUCAUGCCGGAGCAGCGCCUUAGCGGUGCCGGUGUAGCCGUCGUGAAACCACAGCCCAGCUACAGCAGAGAGCUGGAGCUGAGAACGACCCUGCGCGAGCUGCUCAUCUACAUCGUCUUCCUGACAGAUCUCUGUAUAUUGACGUUUGGGAUGGUGAGCACGGACAUGUACUACCUGAACAAAGUUAUGUCGCAUCUCUUCCUGGACACCUCUUCCCCUGAGGCAGAUGGGGUUACUUUCCGGAGCAUCGGCAGCAUAGCUGAUUUCUGGAAGUUUGCAGAAGGACCCCUCUUGGAUGGACUCUACUGGGACAAAUGGUAUAACAAUGUGACAUUAACCAUCCAGAAAAACAGCAGCCGUAUUUACUACGAGAAUUUACUGUUAGGAGUAGCCCAGAUUCGCCAGCUAAAAGUACGCAACGGCACCUGUUCCAUCUACCCGUAUUUCCAGACGCUCUUAAAAGAGUGUUACUGUGAAUACCGCUAUCAAGCUGAAGACAGGUCAGCUUUUGGUCUAAAGAACGGGUCUGAAUGGAACUACGUCUCCGUCUCCUCUUUAUCGCCCUGGUACUGGGGAUACGUGGGCUUGUACAGCAAUGGAGGAUUUAUAUUCACUUUACCUAAGUCAAAGCAGGAGAGCAUGGAGAAGCUGGUGUUUCUCAGGCAGAACAGCUGGCUCACUAGAGGAACCAGGGUUGUGUUUAUUGACUUCUCUAUGUAUAAUGCUAACAUAAACCUUUUCUGUAUAAUCAGGUUGGUGGCAGAGUUCCCUGCCACCGGGGGUGUUCUCACCUCCUCAUAUAUCUACUCUGUGAAGCUCCUCAGAUACGUCACAUAUUAUGAUUACUUCCUGGCCUCUUGCGAAAUCACCUUUUGCCUCUUUGUCAUCACAUUCAUAAUCCAGCAAGCUAUAAAAAUAGCAAAACUGAAAACAGAAUAUUUCAGAAGUGUCUGGAACUGGCUGGAUAUACUGCUGGUGGUGAUAUCUAUCAUUGCCAUUGCUUUCAAUAUCUACCGCACUGUAGAAGUGUCCCUGUUAAUGGAAGAGCUGCUGUCUAAUUCAUCUGUGUAUCCAGACUUUUACUUCCUUGCAUCCUGGCAAGUCCAUUACAACAACAUGAUUGCUGUCAAUGUCUUCUUUGCUUGGAUAAAGAUAUUUAAAUACAUAAGCUUUAACAAAACCAUGACUCAGCUGUCCUCCACUUUAUCCCGCUGUGCCAAGGAUAUCAUUGGAUUUGCCAUCAUGUUCUUUAUCAUUUUUUUUGCAUACGCACAGUUAGGCUAUCUGGUCUUCGGGUCGCAAGUUGACGAGUUUUCCACGUUUCAAAACUGCAUCUUUACGCAGUUUCGCAUUGUGCUGGGAGAUUUUGAUUUUGCACCUAUAGAAGAAGCAAACAGCAUCCUCGGGCCUAUCUACUUCAUCACAUUUGUGUUCUGUGUUUUCUUCGUGCUGCUGAACAUGUUUUUGGCUAUUAUAAAUGACACCUAUUCAGAAGUCAAAGCAGAUUUCGCAGUGAUACCGAGUCAAGAAUUUGCAGUCAGUGACUUCAUUAGACAGGUGUUCAAUAAGGCCCUUGUCAAGCUCAAGUUGAAGAAAUCAGAGAUAGAUAAAAUUCCAGAAGAAAAGAGCCUGGGGAUUGUGAAAAGCACUGAAUCUUCAGCCACUACAAGAAAGGAUAUUCCUAGGCUUUCCAAGGAGAGCACUGCUGAUGCAAAGAGCUACCCAAAGUCAUCACAGCCACAGAAACGGAAAGAGAAUUUUCGUCAGAAGCAUCCGUCUGCGGAGGACUUUGGUUCUGUCACUUCUCAGAGCUCCAUCUCCCCUGAGGAAUUUCAGCAGCUUUUCAGGUAUACAGCUGAGUUGGAAAAGGAAUUAGAGGAUGUUAACAGAAAACUCAGUAAAUUUAUGAAAAAAAAGUAA